CCAGGGAAAUCACACUGCGCGCCAUUCUGCAAAAGAAAGUGAAUGCGGGCGGAGCUCGCGCGGCAACCGCGGCAAGUUUCACACCGCAUUUGUUUGAAGACUGUUUACAACGCAGGCGGAAGAGAAAAGGACAGGAAGAAGAAGCGACUCGUGUGCAUGCGCCGUUUGAUGCUCAUUGCUGAGGUCGUUUGCUUGACGGGGGAUCUAUGAAGGAGCACGCAGAUUUUUCAACGUGCACAGCAGACCGAGGGAACAAGGAGUGACCCCCCUCCGCCACUGCCUCUAUGCCUGGCAUCAGCUCCUCCACUGCGCCCCGUUAUGACAGCUGGGACAUGGACCACCUGGACUACUACCAGCACUACUUCUAUGACGACCAUCACAACCCGGAGGAGGAUUUCUUCAAGGCCACGGCGCCCAGCGAGGACAUAUGGAAGAAAUUUGAGCUGGUGCCCACCCCUCCUAUGUCCCCCAUCCGGACUGUGGAGGGGUCGGGCAGGUUCGGGCUGGUGUGCCCCACGCUUGGGGACAAGCUGGAGUGGGUGUCGCAUUUUCUGGGGCAGGAGGACGAACAACAACAACAACAACAACAACAACAACAACAACAGCAGCAGCAGCAGCAGGACCCCCCCUGCAAAGUGACCCCAGCCACAGACUCCGUGGGGAACCUGAGCUCCAUCAUUAUCCAGGACUGCAUGUGGAGCGGGUUCUCGACAGGCCGGCAGCUGGAGAGGGUGGUGGGAGAGCGCUGCCACCCCUGCCAGGCCAAGGGGGGCCCCGCCACCACCAAAGUGGUUACCGGCACGUCACCGGGGAGGGCACAGGGUGUACCUGCCGACGCGCUGCCCCUCGGUUGUUUGGUAGCGGAUUGCGUGGACCCGGCCGCUGUGCUCACCUUCCCCUUGGGCGGAGGUUGCAAGAAGCAAAUCUCUUCUGGGUCGGAGUCCCACACCAACUCAUCAGAUGAUGAGGACGACCAAGACGAGGACGAAGAAGAGAUCGACGUGGUGACCGUGGAGCACAAGCAACAACGCAAACCCCGCCGGCUGGUCAACAGCCGCAAACCCGCGACCAUAACGGUGCGAGCGGACCCGCUGGACCCAUGCAUGAAGCGGUUCCACAUCUCCAUCCAUCAACAGCAGCACAACUACGCCGCCCCGUCACCAGACACGUUCCCGCUAUCGUCCGCGGAGCUGCCGCCCCGUAAAAGGAUCCGACAUGAAGCCUCCGCCCCGGCGCACCAUCAGCCGAGUCAGCAUUACCACCAACCCCGGCUAGGCCACGCCCCCUCCAACUUCGAUUGCAGGCGGUCUCAUGUGAUCGUGGCCGGGGCCCGUUCGGAGUCUCCCGACCUCGGCGCCUCGUCCCCCACUUCCCCCGCGUCGCCCCACUGCUCAUCGUCGUCGUCGUCGUCAUCCUCCCCGCCGCCGCCGCUCUCCAGCCCCCAGUCGUCGGACUGCGAGGACACGGACCGACGCAAGGCCCACAACUUCUUGGAGCGCAAGCGGCGCAACGACCUGCGCUCGCGCUUCCUGUCGUUGCGGGACGAGAUCCCCGGCUUGGCCGACUGCGCCAAGACGCCCAAGGUGGCCAUCCUGACGCGGGCCACUGAGUACCUGCGGCAGCUGCACGCCUGUGAACGGCAGAAGGCUCAGGAGAGGAAGCAGCUCAAGGCCAAGCAGGCGCAGCUGCUGCAGAGGCUGGCGCAGCUCAAGCGAUCCUGAACGCUCCCGGAACUGAAAAUGUUGGAAUUGUGCGGGUGGAUUUUCUUUUUUCUUUUUUUCUUUUUUUUUUUUUUUUUUGAGGUAGUGAUUUGCACAUUUAGCUUCCGUGUGAUAGACAAGCAAGGCAAGGACUACACAAGUCUUUGGUGAUCUUCAUACACUGCUAA